CAGCCAUAUUGUCUUGGUUGCCACUAUCACACUGGAAGUUGACACAUGUAUUUAAUGUAUGAUUGUACCUGGCUACCACAUUGUCAGUCUCGUUUCGGAUCGAUGCGCGAGACCGCUUGAGUGAGUUUGCUGCGUCUCAACGUGGCUCGGCACUAAACCAGUUGAGUCCAACAAUACACCGACACACAGUCUCCCUUUCCCCCCCAAAGAAACCCCGCUGGAGCGGGGCGUGUCGCGGCCACCGCCGGGAGGAGCCGGGGGGCUGUCUGUCGGUGAACUCUCCCACACAAAGGAGAGGAAAGAAAACAAAGCCAGGAACUGGAAGCCUGACAUUAAGUUCCCAUUCAGCGGCUCGUACCGCAGACGCCUCUCGUCCUAAAGACAAGGGGGGGGGGGGGGGGCAUUGACGCGACGUUCCUUUUAGAAAAGCCGCUUUCCCGGACAUUGGACACAGCUUCUGCUGGGAGAGAGGACGAUAGCACCUCCGGGUGAUGGCGAGGCGACAUUAGACUGUAGGCGCAUCCGAGAGGACUGUUUCCUGGCGGCGUCGCGAUGAACGGCAGUCGGCGCAGCGCCCCGGACUGUCCGGUGGAGGGGCUGCCGCCGCUGCCCAAAGGCCUGAGCGGGAUCCUGAACUCCAGCGGCGGGUCGUGGCGGGACAUCGAGAAGGUGCACAGCAAGAGAGCGCGCAUCCAGGCCGACAUCAGCCGGGGCGGCGGGGGCGCGCCGCGCGCUCACGGCAAAACGGGGGGACUGGACGCUGCUCUGGCUCUGCUGCGGAAGGAGAUGGUCGGCCUGCGUCAGCUCGACAUGUCUCUGCUUUGCCAGCUGUGGUCUCUCCAUGAGGCCAUCCAGGAAUACAAGGGCUAUUCGCUUCUGUCUGGGGCCUCGCUCAGUGCUGAUAAUGGAUCCUCUGAGGAGGACGACGAAGAUAACGAGGAGACAGGAAUCCCCUCACAGCCUCUGUCCUCCUCGUCCCUGUCUCUGCCUCCACCCAGCAGCAACUCCAGGGACCAGUGGAUCAAAGACUCCUUUCAUAUCCCCUGAUGUCGAUACACACACAUGCACUGUGCGGCUUUCUCAAAGUUCCUGUCUCUUACUGUACCAUUAGACACCAUUUACACUCGUUUUUAAUACCAUGCAUCUUCUUUCCAGUCUGUUCUUCUGGCCGUGGACCAAUCCAAUGACCACCAAUCAAUUGCUGUGAUGGUUGACUGGCAGUGUUUCUAAUAUUGCACUUGUGUUAAACGUCCCAUCGAUAUAUCUCAUCAAAGAUUAAGACCGACUAAAAGAGAAAAAAAGUGAGACCAGAUGUUAUCAUUCUUAUGCUCUUUAUUGCAUGCUACAUGCUGCUUGCUGCUUGUCAUUGAAAUUGAGCCGUGUGAAAUAUAAGAAUUGCUGAGGGUCGGAUUCCACUUUUGAUGCAGACCUUUUUGUGGUUUUCUGAUAAUUACAGACUUUUUAAACUCCCUGCUCUGUAAAACAUGCAGCACAAUCUUUCCCAUCGCACAUUUUCUGCCAUAUAGAAUCUUGACUGAAGUGUCGUCAAUCUGUAUUGUCUUUAGUACUAUAAGCAUUUGACACAGUAUAUACACAUUUUUCAGAGCCAAAUAUAAGGCCAAAUUAUUUUUGAAAACAAUGUUUAGCUUGUCAUUCUAUAACACCAGCAAUUUAGAAAUCUCCUGGCAUUUCAUGUUGGAUUAAGAGCUUCAAAACAAGAGAUUGCACGUUACUUCUUUAAAAGUAGUAUCUUGGCUGCCUGUAAAUGUUAAAAACCAUGACGUUUGUGUAACUCUGUUUUACGUUGUAUGUGCUGCUUCAUUCUCGGCGAGGACACUAGAAAGGACCUUUUUAUCUGGACACUGCUGGACUUCAUCAGUCCAAACUCAUAAUACAAAUUAGGCAAUGAUUUUAGGAAACUAAAGGUUAUUUCUGGUGGGAUUCUGCUUGGAUGAAGGCUAUUAAACCAAUAAAUAAUUUUCUUUCCCCGUAAUAUCUGUAACGUUUUU